AACUGUUUUUGUGUUUCAGUAACUGAGGAACAAGUGGAUCAUGAGGACCAAGUGGAUCAUGAGAACCAAGUGGAACAGGAGAAUCAAAUUCCAUGUUUCAAAAAAUUUACAUUAAGUGAAUUAUUCUACAUAAUAAGUGAGUUUAGUCCCAGUUGCAUUGUCUCUGAAGGUGGGGUGAAAGAUUUCAAUGAGGUUUACAUAGGAAAGCUCGAAGGCAAUGUUCUCGUCGCUGUCAAGCGAUUCUCUAAACUGACUUGGCCUGAUGCUCGGCACUUUGUGGAUCAGGCGACUGCUGUUGGAAAGCUUAGGUCCAAGAGAUUGGUCAAUCUGCUUGGUUAUUGCGUUGAAAGAGGCGAGAGAUUGUUGGUGGCUGAGUAUAUGCCCUAUGGUACUCUCUCAAAGCAUCUUUUUCACUGGAACAGGCAGGAAAUUCCUUGGGAAAUGCGUGUUCGAGUUGCAUAUUAUAUUGCACAAGCACUUGAUUACUGCAACGUCAAAAACCAAAAGAUCUAUCAUGAUUUAAGUGCAUCCAGAAUCCUCUUUGAUGAGGAAGGUGAUCCUCGUCUAUCAACUUUUGGUCUCAUCAAGAACCGCAGAGACGGAAUAAACUAUAGCACUAACUUGACUUACGCUCCACCAGAGUUUUCAGAAACAGGUACAAUUAUUCCUGAGAGUGUGAUUUACAGUUAUGGAAAUAGAUGGGUUGGAGAUGCUCUUAUAGAACUUGUGAGCGGCAAACGCAUUCCACCGAACCAUGCUUUUGAUAUCAUUAUGGAGAAACAUGCGAUGCUACUCAUGGAUUCAUCACUUGAAGGGAGAUUUGAGAAUGAAGACGCAACUAAACUUGUUAAUCUUGCUUCAAAAUGCCUUCUAAACAACCCGGAAGAUCGACCUGAUACUAAAUCUCUCGUCUCUGCAGCAGCACCGCUACAAAAGCAGGAAGAGAUUUCAUCUUAUUUCUUGAUGCUUCUGCCUAAGAGUACUGUAAUGCAACCAACCAUGCUUUCUCCUCUCAGAAAGGCUUGUUCUCGGAAGGACCACUCGGCUGUAUACGAGAUUUUGCUUAAAACUGGUUACAGCGACGAAGGAGCAGAGAGUGAUCAUCUGGUGACACUAGAAAACCAGGAACUGGUUCAAACAAAGAACUUGGGAGACAAUGCUUUCAGAGACCAGGACUUCAUUAACGCGAUUAAAUAUUAUUCAAAGUUGGUGAGGAUGAUGAGCAGCAGUCCAUAUGCGACUGUAUUUGCGAGAAGGUCUUUCUCCUACUUAGUGACGGGUGAACAUGAUCCUGCGUUGGGAGACGCAAUGAAGGCUCAAUGUUGCAUACCGGGGUGGCCUACUGCGUUUUACUUGCAGGCUUUAGCACUUUGGGAGCUUGGUAUGGAGAGUGAUGCUAGGGAUAUGAUUAAUGAAGGUGCUGCACUUGAAGCUAGGCGACUACAGACUACAGAGAGAUAAGAGAGCCCUUAACCUUCUUUGAUAAUUUAUUUCAUGCAGGUGCUUCUGCUGUUCAUCCUGAACCUUCUUUCCUUGGAUAAGCAAAAACAUUAUUAAUUUAGCGAAUUUCUGUUAUUAAUUUUCUUAUUUUAUGAAUGGAUAUUUUUUUUGAGUUUUGAUAUUUUUUUUUGCUAUCUAAAAGCUAACUUUAAUUGCUUUUAUUUUCUUUGCUUUCCCUAUGAUUAUUUACUUUUUCCAUUUUUAUAAACUUGUAUAUAGUGCAUAAAAUUGAUUAUGCAACUCUGAAAACCAAUUGACAUAUCAUAAUUGUACCGGUGGAUUGAAUCAACCGGUCUAGUUUAAAUAUUUAUACUAUUAUUUGAGAUGUGAAUUUGCUUAUUUGUCAUGUAGUAAUUUAGGCUGAUUCAUUAGUUUUUUUGUCAAUUGAUUCAUUAGUUUUAAUAAUCAUUUUUAACUAAACUAAUUAAAUUUUUAAUAAAUGAUUUUAUCAUUCAUUAUUUAACUCAUUACAAAUUAAUAUUAUAAAAUUUAUCUCAAAACAAUAAAUGGAAAACAUGUUUGAAAAAAAGAUAAUUCCAUCUAUUUAUUUUGUGUUUAUCUACAUCUUUCUUUCUUUUUUGUUAAUUUUUAUAAUUAGGUAGUAUAUACACAUAUAAUAAAUUCUAAUUUAUCACUUCACUAAAAUAAUAUAAAUAAUUUUAUGAAAAUAAAAAAAAUGAUUUAUACUUUUUCAUAAACUUAAUAUGUCCUGGAAUAUUUAUUAAAAUAUUAUUUUUAGUAUUAAAAUAGGUAUUUAACCAAUAACUAUACAUUUGAUUUAUAUUUAUUUGUUAAUGAUUUUUUGUGGCAUUUUCAUUUCUAUUCAGUCGCAAGAAUAACAUUUAUUUAAUAUUUAAGUUGAAAAUUUUAAUAUUUAUUUUUUUCUUUUCUAAAAUAUUUUUCAUUGGGAAUGGAAUUAUAUUUUUAAAUAUUCUCAACAAACAUGUUUCCAAAAGAGAAUAUUUUCAAGUAUUUAUAUUUAAAAUUAACUCUGUGUACAGUGAAACCUCUAUAAAUUAAUAAUGUUGGGACUAUACCAAAAUUAUACUUUUUUAUUAAUUUAUAGAGAUAUUAAUUUAUCGAUAUAUUAAUUGAACCAAAAACUCAAUUUAGGACUAUAAAAUUAUAUCAUUUUAUAGAGAUUUUUAGUGUAUAUUAAUUUAAAGAGGUUAUACUGUACUUUUAUUUUUUUCAAGAGUUUUAAAGAAUUAUAUCUUUGUUUAGAUUGAAAUUUAGGAUUCUAAUAAAUAUAUAAAAAAAUACUUAAAAUUUUUUUAAAAAAAUUAAAAAAUAAUUUCAAACAUAAUUUUUGAUUUUUAAAAACAAAUUUUGGAAAAAAUAAUUUCGAGAAAAAUUUAUAAAAAAUUUUAAAUUUGAAAACUAUAAUUCGAAAACAUAAAAAAAAAUAUUUUUAUUUUUAUUUUAUUUAAAUAAUAAUUUAUUAUAUAUAGAGAGAGAACAAGAGUAUAAGAGUAUUUUGUCAUAUAUGUAGAGAACAAGAGUACAAGAGUAUAUUUAUUAUAUAUUGUUUUUUGAAAAUGUCCAUUUAGUGGUGGUAAAGAUAAAAAGUGGUACUAUGAAAGUGGUAAACAUGAAAUUUCCCCAAAUUUAUUUGAAAGACUAUAAAGUAAAGGACAUGUUAUUUUUAUAUUAUCAAAACUGUAUUUUUCAAAAUGAUAUGUCUUAGUUAUAAUUAUCAAAAUAUGAAAAUUAAAAGACCAUUUGAAAAUAACAAAUUAUGAUUUUAUAAUAAAUACUAUUUUAUAUGAGAAUAGAAAUAUAUAUUUAUAAAUUUAAAAAUAUAGAUUGACUGUAGCUUAUUUUUCUCUAUUAUACUAUUUAGAAAUGAAAAUAACAAUAGAUAUGUCUUAUACAUUACAUAUUAAUGUUUUGUUUGACAACAUGGUUAGUCUGUUUGAAUGUUUAUUCAGUUAUUAUGGGAUGUAUUUUACAAUAUAAUUAUAUCAAUAGUUUUAUUUACUUUGAUUAAUAUAAUAUGUAAAGUUGGGUUCGGUUUAACCUUCUUGUGUUUUUAAUUUAUUUUGAGCUUUUUUAGGUUUUGGUAAUUUCAAGAAUUUUGUUUAAUAACAUCACUUUAUAUUAAUAGUUAUAUAUUUGUUUAUUUAAUUAGAUCAUUGUGUAUAAAUUAUUAUAAUAAAAGCUGGUUAAAGAUAACAACAUAUUUUAAAAUAAAAUAUUAAUGUUGUUAUCCAAAAAUAAUUUUUUUAAUCAAUAAAAUUUAAAAUUAAGAAAUUGAAAGAUUCAUAAUUUUUUAUAAAUUUAAUGUUUUACUUUAAAUUUUUUAUUUUAAACUAAUAGUACAUUUAUUAAUAAUUAUGUAUAAAAGAAUUAUGCUCGCAUGUGCGGCAAAAUACCUAGUUUCAUUAAUGUCAAAUGUAAAAUUUAGACAUUUCCAUCAUUCUAUUCUGUUAUUUUUCUCCUUUAAAACUAACCUAAUUUACAAUAACAUGUUUUUUUUAUAAAAGGCUUAUGGGUACAAAUAUGUUUUUUCUUCUUUUUAGAUAAUAUGAUAUGAUGUACAUGUGAGUGUUUGUUAAACUACUGAAACAGAGAAAAGAAUACUAGCUUCAAGAAUUUUAAGUGUAUUUCGUUGACUGAGAGUACAUAAUUAUAUUACAGUCGUAAGAUAUAGUUGCUUAAAGUGUUACAUAUACUAUCGUAUAUAGUAUGACCAGAAAGAUACUAUCCUAAGAGUCAAUAAGUUGCUCGGUCGAAAAGUAAAGCAAAAGACAGAUCAUAGUUACAGUAGCACUAUUCCAGAUUUGACUGAGAUCUUUGGUUGCCAAACUGUCGGGGUUCUUCCUCGAUUGUUCAUGCAUAAAAAUAGUUCUAUCACCUAAUUGUCUUUCUUGAUAAGAUUAACUAAAUUGACUCCGAUCUACGAAGUAACCUAACUUUGUAAAAACUAUAUAUAUUCUUUUCAUCUUGUUGCUAAAACUAUACAAUAUUUUCGGAAUAAUAUGUUGAAAAAUAUACUAGUUAGCAAAAAUAAGAAACACGAUAUGGAAAACCAUUAGUUUUUUGGGUAAAAUGAGGACCAUUAGUGUAGUUGAUCGUUGAUAUUAUUUUUCCAAGAAAGUAAACAACUAAAUUUAGCAAAAGAAAAGUAAGUAAACAACUAAAAAAUAUUAUACGUAGUAAAUUAGAUAACUUUUCAACUUAAAAUUAAUUAGCCAUAAAUAAAACUCGUAUCAUUUAUAUAGUAAUUAGGAUCAUUACUCAAAUCUGUGUUAACUCAGACUGUCAAGUGUUGAUUACAGCAAUCUCUACGACGUCCUCUUUGGCUGAAUUCUACGGAAUAGCCAGAAUAUCGAAUAUCUGUACUUUUUCCUUAAUUCCGAGACAUUUCAAUUCGCUAGUUGAUGCAUUAGCUAAAGAUGCUCUUUGUAGUGUUUGACUAUGUUUUCCUCUCUGUUUAGAGAGAUGGUAAUGAAUUUGGUGUUAAAAAAAAACAUUCAGGAUCCUUUCAAGUUCCAACGUGAAACAUUGUUUCUGAUACUUAAUUUGAGAUAAUGACAUUUUGGUCGUAAAUCAUAGAAUAUUUAGAUAAUGAUCAAUUGGCCAGCUUUGGAUCUGAUUGAUUAAAGAUAAGAAUGGAUACUAUAGAUCAAAUUAUGAUACUAUAUUAAGUUAAAUGACUUUUAACCUAAAAAAUAAUUGAUGAUAAAUAUAUUGACUCAUAUCUCUUGUAUCUUAUAUAAUAGUUAAGAAGACAAAUGUCAUAUAUUAAUUAAUGCAAAUAAUAUAAGAUUAGUUUUGCUGGUCGAUUGUACUAGUUGCAGUCUAUUGUUUAGAUAUCGUUCUUGCUCUUUAGCGGGCUGGAUUAAUCAGUUUGGUGAAUAACAUACUGCAUCAUAAUUUUUACAUAGACUAAGUAUCGUCGUAUCGCUAGUUGCUUUUGUUGAAAACAAUAUUGCUCUUCGAUGUGUCGGUCGUUUCCUCUUCCAUUCCUUUAAUGUAGACGUGUAUGUAGUAUAUACAUAUAUAAAGCCAAAACCAUGCAAUAUCCAAAACGAUUCUUUUUUUUUUUGUGCAACAGAGCCAUAACGAUUCUAUACAUCUUGUUUUCUGUCAAUAGUUAACCUUUUAACUUUUUAUAUAUUUAGUUAGAUUUAGACAUCUGCAGUAAGAUUAAGGCCAUCUGAUAUCGCAAAUAGAAAAUUAUUAGUUGAUGAAAACAAUAUGUCGUCGGAUUCGAUCAAUUAGUCGGCGCUGUAUUGGUUACUUUCAGAAAAAUCUUAGAACACUGACAAAUGACAAUGUUCGUAUCUAAACUAGUUUCUCAGACAUUAAAAGAUAGAAAAAAAAUAAAUAGAAACGAAAAAGUAAGAAAUAGGUAGAAAAUCAGGCCUGUAAUAAUAGAUUAUGAAAAUUUGGAAAGUAAGAAAUAUUGGUUUGAUACUUUGAUUUAGUUUUUAUUUUAGAAUUAAUUAGAUAAUUAUAUUGUAAGGAAUAUUAGUAUUACAGAUGAUUGGUCAACUCAUGUCAUUAGUCGGAAGAUAUUUCAAACUCGGAUCAAACACUGUGGUACGUUUUCAGACUAGUCCACUCUGUAACAUUAAGUGCGUUCUUUCGGAGCCGACCAGUUCAGCCGAUAGGACUUAUAAGAAAACAGAAUAUUAGUAUUAAUUUGAUGAAACCUUUAUAAUUUCAUAUAUAGUCUCUUGACUGGUGAGGAUGCUCUAAAUAUAUAUAUACACAAAAAUAUUAAAUAUGAUGCAUAUGAUGCAAAUUUCUUAUUUUUAAAGAAAAUUUUUGUAACCACAUAUAUUCAAAAUAUUAAAUGUGAGGUAAAUGUUAUAUUUUAAAAGGAAAUGUGAGGCAAGCUAAGUUCAAAACACAAUGUUAGUAACCACAUAUAUUCAAAACUAUUAAAUAUGAUCAAAUGUGUUAUUUUAAAAGGAAGAUCUUAGUAACCUAGUUUCAAAAAAGAAAUAUUUUAGACCAUAAUUAACUCCAGUCUCUUAACUGAGGUUUUUAGCUUCGGGUAAGAGACGGUUCUUAGUUUUUAUUAUAUUUUGAGUAAGAAAAACUAAGAACCGUCUCUUAAAUAAGAGAUAUAAGAGCCAUCUCUUAACUGAAAAGUGUUAAAAAAUGUCAAUUUCACCACAGUUGCCCAUCGUCCCACAGUUGUUAUAUUGAAAGCGUUCUGCUAGAAAAUACGGUGGCCACCAAAGAUAAAAUAUUUUCUAUGACAAUUGGUAACAUGAUGUAUAACAGUCAAGAAGAAUCUGCAAGCGAGAGGGAUACAUGGGAAUAUACGUUGUGCAAGGUGCGGAGCCGAUGAGGAAUUGAUAAACCAUGUGUUUUUUUAGUGUCCUCCAGCACUUCAGGUUUGGGCUCUCUCAAAGAUACCAUCAAAUCCAACUAUUUUUCCAACAAGCUCGCUAUUCACAAACAUGGAUCAUCUCUUUUGGAGAGUUUUCCCGCAGAUGGAUGAUCAUCAGUUUGCAUGGAUACUAUGGUAUAUUUGAAAAGGAAUGAAUAAUAAAGCUUUUAGUAAUCUGGACAUUGAUCCUAUGGACACGCUUAAUUUGGCAAAAACAAAAUCAACACUUUGGUCUGAGACACAUAUAUUGAACGAACUGAGGAAUGUAUAACACAUAGAGGUUACGACUCUACCGUCAAUUCCAGGAAGAUGGUGUUUCUCAGAUGGUUCCUAGAAAGAGAAUGAUAUUUUCUCCGGACAGGGUUGGCUCAGUACUCUAGAAGGAUUUGAUGGGUUGUUAGGGGUGAGGAAUGUUCGGGGUAGUCUUUCACUUCUUCAUGCGGAGAUGAAAGCACUACUAUGGACAAUGGAAUGUAUGAUAAAUUUACGUUAAUUUCAGGUGACGUUCGUCAAUUUCAGGUGACGUUUGCAAAAGAUUGAUUCCAAUUGGUGAAGAUGGUUACAGAACCAGAAGAAUGACCAGUUUUUGCAAAUUAUUUGGAAGAUAUUAAGGUCCUGAAAGAAAGUUUUCUUCAAUUAGAGAUUAUCUAUGUACCAAGGACGCGAAAUACAAAGGUGGAUAGCCUAGCACGCAGUGUCAGGAAACAACCGGUUUUUGUCGUUCAUAUGGAUCAAGAUCUACCGGUUUGGUUCAGAGAGUCAGUAUGAAUAUGUAAAAAUUGAUGGAAAAAAAAUGUCAAAUCAUGAAUAUAGAAUCCCGGCUAAGAGACCGGAGUUAAUCAUACCCUACCACAUAUAUUCAAUACUAUCUGAUUAGACCUAGUGCAGUCAACACAGCUGGUCCGUUUUUUUCGUAUUUCGCAGGCUUACUUCUUUCUUUACCUACCGGUAGACGUAGUUAUCUAUGCUUUUAUAUAUUUUUUCUCCAUUUAGUUGCCUUUUUCUCUUUCAUUUUUUUUUUUGCCUAGUGUUCUCUUCAAAAGUGUAAAUACCAUUAGGGGUCAGGGUGACCCUUCCUAAAGUAUAGGGGAAUAUUCUAACCACAUCAUAGUUGCAAGUUACAAGGCUCGGCUUUUUUUUAUAGAACCACACCUGACAUUUCCAUCUCGUGAAGUCAUUCCUUUUUUUUUGUAUGUUUCUCUGACUUACACAAAUGGGAACUAAACUUUAAACUACAACUUUACAUCUUAAACAAUAACUACAUUUUGACAGAAAGCCAUAACUAUAUUUAUUUCGUCAAAGUUUCGUUAUCUCUUAUGUCUUAAAAGUUUAAAGCGAAUUUGUCUUACUCAUGCUGGCGUGGAAGAACAAUGUUAAAACCUAUUAGAGAUUGCGAACUUUAAUAAAUCUCAUUUAAAUAGUAAAUUUGUUUUGGGUACAAUAUAAAAUGCCAAAAAGCAUCAGAACCGGUUUUUAUGACCGAAAAGUUAAGUGAUAUUGGAUUCAGACUAUAAUUCCAUUCUAAAUGCCUUUGUUGUGAGAAACCAGGUCGAAAACUCGAACAUUCAAAAAUCUGUAGAAACACGGGUUUCAUAUUAAAUAUUUGAAGGAACAGAAAAAAA